AUAACAGACCAUUUUGGAAGGUUUUUGAAGAAAGUAAACGUGACAGUAAUAAAGCUUGGAACACCUCUCAGUCAAAUUAUCAUCCUCAUGGUGAUUCUGAAAAUAAUUCAGGUUUGGAUUUUCACCAAAGUGCAACUUCAGUGAAAAUGAUAGAACUUCUUGUCGAUAACUUUGGUGACAUGAAUGCUACUAAUAAUGAAGGAGUCACAGGAGGAGUUGAAACAGACGAUCAGCAGCGAUUACGUUUUCAAGUUGAAUUGGAGUUUGUCCAAUGUCUAGCAAAUCCGAAUUACUUGAACUUUUUAGCACAGCGAAACCACUUGAAAGACCCGAAUUUCAUAAACUAUCUGAAGUACCUCUUAUACUGGAAGGAACCUGAAUAUGCAAAGUACCUAAAGUACCCGAUGUGUUUGUACUUUCUUGAUUUACUGCAACAUGAACAUUUCAGGCGCGAAGUCGUCAAUUCUCAAUGCACGAAAUUCAUCGACGAUCAACAAAUUCUCCUAUGGCAACAUUACACGAGACGCAGGACGCGACUUUUGCAAACUGCAGCAGAACAAACUCAAAAUGCCCCGCCACAAAAUAAUGGAAUCAUUCAACCCAAGGUUUUGUAAGCUGUGAUAAAGAAUUUUAAACAAAUAAAGUCAGGUUUUUAUAUUUAA